AUGGAUUAUUUCCUUCGCUAUCGCAGGAUGACUGUCCCGAAAAGAUAUGCCGAAUUCGUUGCACUGAUUGCAAUCUCGUGCACACUGUUCCUGUUCCUGCACACCCAGAGCUUGACGUCGCGGUUGCGCGAAAUGGAGGAUCGGCUCCAACCUCCGUCCUCGUUGUCGGCCGCCAGUGGUUUGAGUGGUAAUUCAAUUAGCCAAGUUUCGGCCGGAGCUAACCAAAGCCAUCAUCCGGAUGAGCACCAUCACCACGAGCUGAUUGGCAAUCUGCAUCAUACGUACAACUAUCUCAAAAGCACCGGACAGAUGCAGAGCCUCAAAGCGAUGGAACUAAACAAUACGCGCCGAUCAGAGGUUCCGAUUAUCUUCUUCAACCGGGUGCCGAAGGUUGGCAGCCAAACGUUCAUGGAGCUGCUGCGUCGAUUGGCGGUGCGCAACGAUUACACCUUCCACCGGGAUGUGGUCCAGCGGCUGGAGGUGAUCCGGCUGUCACCCGAGCGGCAACAGGAACUGGCCGAAAUGGUGAUGGAUCUGCCGGUGCCGUCCGUGUACGUGAAGCAUGUCUGCUACACGAACUUCACUCGCUUCGGUCUUCCGAUGCCGAUCUACGUUAAUAUGGUUCGCGAUCCGGUCGAGCGCAUCAUCAGCUGGUACUACUACGUGCGUGCGCCCUGGUACUACGUCGAACGGAAGCAAGCGUUUCCCGAUCUGCCACUGCCAGAUCCACGCUGGCUGAAGAAAGAUUUUGAAACCUGCGUCCUGCAGGGCGAUCCAGAAUGCACCUAUUCGCAGAAUGCCGUCCACGAGGGCAUCGGAGAUCAUCGUCGACAGACGCUAUUUUUCUGCGGACACGGCGAAGAAUGUCUUCCCUUCAACAGUGCCGGAGCACUGGAACGCGCCAAGUAUGCCGUCGAAAGCCAGUACGCGGUGGUUGGUGUGCUGGAAGACCUGAACACCACGCUCACCGUGCUGGAGAAGUAUGUUCCGCGCUUCUUUACCGGCGCCAGCUCCGUCUACUUUAACGAGGUGAACGUACUGCAAAAGAUCAACAAAAACAGCUUCAAACCGCCGGUCAGCGAGGAGAUAAAGGAUCUUGUCCGACGAAACUUUACGAAGGAGAUCGAAUUCUACCAGUUCUGCAAGCAGCGGCUCUAUAAGCAGUACCUUGCCACGCAGCUACCACUCAAAUAA